AUGAAUGAAACAAUUAUAUGGGAAAAAAGUGUAUAUGAAUUAGAUGAAGUAGAGAUUGAGAAAAUUUAAGAUUUUAGAAAUGAUCAGAGAAAAUCAAGAUAUUAAAAAUUACCUAUUUUGAUAUCAAUACUGAAAGAAAUAAAAAAUUCUUCAAAUUUAUUUGAUUUAACAAUUCGUUAUGAUAAAUACAAAACUAAACAAUAAACAUCAUAUUAAAAAGAAGAACAAUAUAACGAAUUAAUGAGCUCAAUAUCAUUUUAAUAAACUAAAUCUAAUAUAAAUCCUUAUGUAAAAAUGUAUUAUUCUAUAAAAGCAAGAUGCAUAAAGAAAGUAAACUUAAUUAAUUUCUGAUGAAAAAAAUGGCUAAUUGAAAAAUAUUAUUAAUUUAUUAGAAGCUACAUAACUAAAUAUAAAAUCAGAUUUAAAUAAUAUUUAGUUAGAAAAUAAACAAUUAAAAAAAAAUAUAAGUACUUAUUUUGAUAGUUUAUGGACUUCAACGUCAAUUAGAAAUCCUUAAGUUAAUGAACUUAAUUAUGGAUUAAAAGAUAGAUAAGAACAUUAUUAAGAAAUUUAGUUAUCUAUUUUGCCUAUAUUAGAAAAAGAAAAAAGCUAAUUAAUAAAUUAAAAAGAACACUAAGAAAAUUAAAUAAAAAAUUAAAGUAAAGAUUUAGAGAGUUUUAAUUUUUUUUAAGAAAAAUAUUAAGAUUAAUAAAAUUAUAUUUCUGAACUUAAAUAAGCUUAUUAAUUACUUGAAGAUUAAGUUGCUAGUAUUAAAGAAAGAGUAGAAAAAUUGAAAUAAGCUUAAGAAGUUAUGAAUUUAGAAAUGAAAAUUGAAUAAUUUUGUAAUUAAAUAUUAGUAAGGUAAAAUAAAGGAAGAUCAUAGAUUUUAUCAAAUUUUAUUGAUUAUAUUGAGAAAAUAAAAUUAUAAUUAAUGAGGAAACAUAAAGAAAAAACAAAAAAAUCAUUUUUAUGUGAUGAAAUGAUUGAAUAUGAAGAAUAAUCUUUAAGAUAGGAAAUGCAAGAAUUUUGUUUAAAUAAAAAUGAAUAAGAGACCAAAACAAAGGCAUAACAAUUAAAAUAAUUGUUUACAGAUAAAAUUGAAAAAUCAAAAAAAGAAUAAUUAAGGUUAAUGUAGGAAAAUUAAGAUUUAUUUUAAAAAUUAGAAAUCCUAAAAAGUAAUUAAUAUUUAGAAAGACUGAAAGAUUUAUAAGAUUAAAAAGAAAAAUUAUAAGAAGAAAAUAUCUCGAAAGAAAAAUAAAUUAUUGACCUUUAAGAGAUCAACUAAGCAGGAUUGUUAAUGGUUGAAGAUUUAGAAAAAUAAAAACAAAUAAUAUAAUAAAGAAAAUAAAAUUAUCGAUAAUCGAGAUUUGAAAGAAUAAAAAACAAAUUAAUGUCUUGA